CUGACUCCUGAUUUGUCCCUUUUGGGUUUGUUUUCUCCACCAGACAUAGCCGUGGUGGAGAUGACGGACGCCUUCCGCCAGCCCUCACUCUUCUACCACCUGGGAGUCCGGGAGAGCUUCAGCAUGGCCAACAACAUCAUCCUGUACUGCGACACAAACUCCGACUCGCUUCAGUCCCUGCAGGAGAUAAUCUGCCAGAAGAACACUACGUGUCCGGCUAACUACACCUUCAUCCCGUACAUGGUCACCCCCCACAACAAGGUGUACUGCUGUGAGAGCAGCCUGAUGAAGGGCCUCACCGAGCUCAUGCAGCCCAGCUUCGAGAUGCUGCUGGGCCCCAUCUGCAUGCCCCUGCUGGACCGCUUCGUCCAGCUGCUCAAAGUGUCGCAGGGCAACUCCCAUCAGUAUUUCCGUGAGACGAUUCUGAAUGAGAUCCGCAAAGCCCGGGAACUUUACUCUGGCGUGGAGCUGGCCGCCGAGCUGGGCCGAAUCCAGCAGCGGCUGGACAACGUGGAGUGCCUUUCAGUGGACGUCGUCAUCAACCUGCUCCUGACCUACCGAGACAUCCAGGGGUUGCACCGACAUUUAGAAGAGCGGCAGGGAAAGUGGGAAAAGAGGCGCUCACCAGCUUUUUCUCUGCACACUUUGAAGGAUUAUGAGUCCAUCGUGAAGCUGGUGGAGACCCUGGAGAAGCUGCCGACCUUUGACCCCAUGGCUCACCAACAUGUGAAGUUCCACUACGCCUUUGCACUGAACCGGAGGAACCUGGAGGGGGACAGACAGAAGGCCCUGGACAUAAUGCUGCCCCUGGUGGAGGGGGAUCAGCAGGUGGCGUCGGACAUCUACUGCCUGGUGGGCCGGAUCUAUAAGGACACGUUCCUGGAGUCCCACUUCACAGACGCACAGAGCAGAGACAGCAGCACACUUUGGUUUAAAAAGGGCUUCGAGUCCGAGCCAACACUACACUCUGGAAUCAACUACGCCGUGCUCCUGCUGGCAGCCGGACACCAGUUCGACACGUCUUUCGAGCUCCGCAAAGUGGGAGUUAAGCUGAGCAGCCUGCUGGGUAAAAAGGGCAGCCUGGACAAACUGCAGAGCUACUGGGAUGUGGGCUUCUUCUUGGGGGCGAGCAUACUGGCCUGUGACAACACCCGGGUCAUCCAGGCUUCGGAGAAACUCUUCAAACUCAAAGCCCCCAUCUGGUAUUUGCGCUUGGUGGUAGAAACAAUAUUAAUCUACCAGCACUUCAAGAAGCCCAGCACGGAGCCCCCGGCGCCCAAACAGGAACUGGUGGACUUCUGGAUGGACUUCUUAGUGGAGGCGACUAAAAAAGACGUCUCCUCUGUUCGUUUCCCCGUGUUGAUCUUGGAGCCUACUAAAGUCUACCAGCCUUCGUAUUUGUCCAUAAACAAAGACGUGGAUGACAACACGGUGUCCAUCUGGCAUGUUGCUCCUGAUGACAAGAACAAGGGGAUACACGAGUGGAACUUCAGUGCCACGUCUGUCCGGGGUGUCAGCAUCUCCAAGUUUGAUGAGCGCAGUGCCUUUCUCUACGUCCUUCAUAAUGCAGAAGACUUCCAGAUCUAUUUCUGCACGGAGAUGCACUGUAAAAGAUUCUGUGAUUUGGUCAACAGCAUAACAGAGGAAGCCUGGAAAAGCCCAGAAGAAGGAGAUUGUGACACUGAUGCCUUAGAGUACGACUACGAGUACGACGAACAUGGGGAGAGGGUGAUUCUGGGAAAGGGCACGUUUGGAGUGGUGUACGCGGGCCGAGACCUCAGCAACCAGGUCCGGCUGGCCAUCAAAGAAAUACCAGAACGAGAUAGCAGAUACUCUCAGCCACUCCACGAGGAAAUCGCCCUCCACAAGCACUUGAAACACAAGAAUAUCGUCCAGUACCUGGGCUCAAUCAGCGAGAAUGGCUUCAUCAAGAUCUUCAUGGAGCAGGUGCCUGGAGGAAGUCUGUCUGCGCUGCUCAGGUCCAAGUGGGGCCCCCUGAAAAACAACGAGCCCACCAUCGGCUUCUACACGCGGCAGAUCCUGGAGGGACUCAAGUACCUGCACGACAACCAGAUAGCACACAGAGACAUUAAGGGUGACAACGUCCUCAUUAACACCUACAGCGGCGUGUUGAAGAUAUCAGAUUUUGGCACGUCCAAACGGCUGGCUGGGAUCAACCCCUGCACUGAAACCUUCACAGGCACAUUGCAAUACAUGGCUCCUGAAAUUAUUGACAAGGGUCCUCGGGGAUACGGCCGACCAGCGGACAUCUGGUCCCUGGGCUGCACCAUCAUAGAGAUGGCAACUGGUAAACCACCUUUCUAUGAACUUGGAGAACCACAAGCUGCCAUGUUCAAGGUUGGUAUGUUUAAGAUCCAUCCGGAGAUUCCUGAUUCCAUGUCGCCGGAGGCCAAAAUCUUCAUCCUGCGCUGCUUCGAGCCGGAUCCAGACCGGCGCGCCACGGCCCUGGACCUGCUCACCGACGAGUUCCUCACCGUCACCAGCCGCAAGAAGAAGAGCAAGACCAGCUUCACCGCUCUGUCCCCAGGGUCAGAGUAUCUGCGCAGCAUCUCUCUGCCGGUGCCGGUGGUGGUGGAGGACACCAGCAGCAGCAGCGAGUACGGCUCCGUCUCCCCUGACAACGACCUCAACACCAACCCCUUCAUCUUCAAGCCCAGCGUCAAGUGCUACAGCGAGAGAGAUGUCAAGGGGCCCAGGUCCCUUUUCCUCAGCAUCCCGGUGGAAAACUUCGAGGAUCACAGCGCCCCUCCGUCUCCUGAUGAGAAAGACUCGGGCUUCUUUAUGCUUCGGAAAGACAGCGAGCGGCGAGCCACUCUGCACCGCAUCAUGACCGAAGACCAGGACAAGGUGGUGGGCAACCUGAUGGAGGCCCUCACACAGGGCUCGGAGGAGAUGAAGCUGAAACCUCAGCACAUCUCCACCCUCGUGGCGAGUCUGGCCGACUUCGUGCGGAUGGCGGACAGGAAGAUCGUGGCCAACACUCUGUCGCAGCUCAAGCUGGAGCUGGACUUCGACAGCACCGCCAUCAGUCAGCUGCAGGUCAUGCUGUUCAGCUUCCAAGAUGCUGUGAACAAAGUGCUGCGAAACCACAACAUUAAGCCUCACUGGAUGUUCGCGCUGGACAACAUCAUUCGCAAAGCUGUGCAGACGGCCAUCACCAUCCUUGUGCCAGAGCUGAGGCCUCACUUCAGCCUGACCUCAGAAAGCGACCCGGCUGACCAUCAGGACGUGGACGAUGACGACGGCGAGCAAGGACGGAGCUCCGCCCACCAGAGCCGGGCGCCCGCCGUCGCGGCUCAUGACGACACGGUGGUCACCUCGGGGGUCAGCACGCUCAGCUCCACCGUGCUGCUGGAGGAGUUGCUGGAGAGGGAAAGAGAGUAUCAGGCCAUCCUGCAACAAGUGCUGGAGGAGAGACAACAAGAAAUCCGGCUGCUGAGGAUGCGAUCUGAGCCUCCAGAUCAACCGGCAUCAGCAGAUGGGCUGCAGGGACAGAGGAGUCAUUCUGCAGAGAGACAUGAAGACCCAGAGCUGAGCAACUGGCUGAGGCUCUACGGGGCUGAUCAAGACUCCAUAGACAGGAUUCUGAAUGAGGCCUACACCUUGGAGAACAUCCUCCACGAUGUAACAAGAGAUGAUCUGAAGAGUCUGAGACUGAGAGGUGGGGUCUUAUGUAAGUUAUGGAAGGCCAUCACAGACUACAGGCAGAAGCCAGCCUGAGAAAACGGCCUGAGGUCGAAACCAACAACACAGCAUUCUCCUCGGACCUCAGUAUUUAUAGGGACAAGACUUUUCUGCAAAGAUCCCGGGCUCACUUUGAGUGCAGGACAGGUUUCCUACCACAGAAGAAUCCCCUGAAGUAUUUCAGAAUUUUAAAACAAGGGUUUUAGAUUUUAGGUCAUUUGCAAAACCACAAUUGCUAAGAAGUGCCACUCGUUUUGUUAUGCCUGAGGGACACGGCACAGCUUUUGUUACGUGUGUGAUUAAAAUGACAUUAAAGGGCAUAAACUAUUCUGAAAACUUGUGUCUUUACAAAAUGUAAUGUUUACAAAACUGGAGACUGACCGUUUUCUAAUACAAGCCUGAGAUACAAAAUACUACAUUUGACAUCAUCUAUAUUCAUAUUUUUAUCAUAGGAGCUCAUCACUACUUUAUUUAAUAUAUUUUAAUUUAAUUCUUAUUAAAUCUGAACGAUGUGGGGCAUGCCCUCAUUUUGUUUCAUCAUUAAAACUGAGACUUAUUUAAAAGUUAAUGUUUUUUUCCACAUUUUCCUUUGUUAUAAAUCAUGAAGCAGAGUUAUUGCUAAGACUAUUUUAUUGUAAAUAUUGUGAUUUAAAAUUUUAUGUGAUUGAUAUUUACGGUCGCGUGAAAAAGAAAAGACAUUGUCUUUUACGCUAAAGGUUUGAUGUAUCAGGACAUCAUGAAGAAGAAUCCUGACCAGGUUUUAGGAUUCCAAACAGCCUUAAAUUCCAGCGUUUUUUUUUUUUUUUUUAACAAAAGCAAAGCCAAAAUGCGAAGCAGUGUGUGAGAAAUUCCGCCCUCAACAAUGAGAGACCAAUAAGGUCAUCCGGAAAAUGAUUCCUUGAAAUGAUUGUGGUUCUACAAGCUGUUGGAUCAUGAUCACACAACACUACCUGCAUUUGGUUUUUGUUGUCAGGUGUCAUACAUUGUUCAUCUGAGGUUAUAUUGACUUAAUAUUAAGAUGUGAUAAGGACCAGAUCAUUUUUAUUAUGUCCUAAUGCCUCAAACUUUGGGUUGUGCAUUCAUUUUCACGUGAUUAGAUGUCCCGAAGUACUUUAAAGAAGACAUCGCUACGCAAAGCUAUAUCUCCACGUGGAUUGGACCAAGUCUAUUAUGAACACAUGUGAAAAAAUUAUUGUACAUUAUUGUGUUUUCUAGUGUUACAAAUCAUAGAAGAUGAUAUUUAGUUGGUGAUGAAUAUUGCAUCGGCAUACCAUUUGUUUUACUGUUGUACACUGACAAAAUCGUGUUUAUCUCCUCGUGAUCCUUCAGUCUGAUGUAAGUUGUACUGAGAAAUCUGAAAUGCAAACAAAUUUCUUUCUUUUUUCUUUUAACCAUGAUGUCAGCAAUGCUAAAACUAAUCGUAAGCAGUGUGUACAUUUUGUUUCAUAUCUGAAAUUAUUCAAGAUUUUGUGUCAUGUUAUUGAAAUAAAACGAAAAAAAUCAUCUUGAAGCUGUGAAAAAGUGGA